ACAUAAAGUAAAUUUAACAUGCCACUGUCUGUGUCGAAGAACAGAAUGAUUUAAAAAACAAUGAAUAUGUUAGUAAAUGUUUUGGUAAUAUAACUUAAAAAUAGCGUCAAAUUCAUAUAUUUUUCUUAACGAGAUGAGCUAUUUCCUGUCAUGAAUUACUGUUGAAGUUAGAAACUAAUUUAAAAAUACUAAAAAGUGUGCCCCAAAUUACUUAGAUCAUCGUAAUUCUCACAUCCAUAAGACUAUUUAAUCUAAAUUUUAGACAAUUGAUCCAUCGUAUUUCCCUUAAUCUCUCAAACACACAUCCUAAUUAAUUAUUUUUUAAUUCUUCGAGAUUCCUAAUUUAAAAUAUACAAAAAAUAUAACAUGAAGACAGGGAUUUAAUAUGUAUUAAUCACUUAGUGAUAAUAACCCAUAACAUUUUGGUAAUGACGGAAGUUUAUUUUAUAGCCUAAAUUAGUCGAAAUAUGUAGUGGAUAUGAAUUAUCGUUAUCCACUUUUUGGGCUAUGUAUAUACUACCUAGAGAACAGUACUAUUCUAAUUAUUUAUUUACUUACUAACGAAUACUUAAUGUCAUCCCACGACACUACUCCGUGAUUGUGUGUGCCAUGCUAAUUUGUCGCCACUCAUGUCUGUCAAGCAUAAUAUAAACUUAUAAGAGGAUGGUUAUUGAUCAAAGGUAAACAAACAAGUUUCCAUGCAAACUGUGAUGGUGUGUGUGUGUGUGUAAGUUUAGAUUAUAUGAAUUGCUUGAUGUAUCUUUACUUACUAUGUUCAGAGACAUCACAUAUAUCCAUAAUUAUAAUUAUAUAGGCCUAUCUGAAAAUUUAAACCAAAAAUAACUGCUCCCUGAUUCUAGUAAGUAAUGUUGUAACCCUUCUGCUUCAUGCAGAUUUUCUUAAGACCUGUCAAAAACUUCGGAUAGAAGGCAUGUCCGUAGGUAAGGAAUUGUAAUGCAAUUAUAUGAAGUUCCGCUUACUAAAUUAAAUUAUGUAUGCUCUUGAGGGUUUUUUUUUUUACCGUAUUGUUCUUCUUUCACCAACGCGCGAAUCGAGUUAGAGACAUUUUGCAUCUAAUAUGUAACAGAAAUACGAUACACGUGUACAUCGAUUGUUCACUGAUAAUAGGCCUAUUAUUUGGAAUUUGUAUAAUUCAAGUAUAUUGAUUGCAUUCAAUAAGUUUUAUGUAAUUUAUUUAUUUAUCUAUAUAUCUCUAACCAAAAAAUUGAAACAAAUCUAGUCGGUAUAAUACAAAGGAAAGGAAACAAAUACAAAGUAUUAAUAAAAAAAAAAAAACAACUUACAAAUAACUACAUAAGAAAUCAGAAUUAUCAAUAUGUACAUUAUAACAUUAUUGGCUUGAUCUAAAUAAUUUCAUUUAAUUUACUGAUAAAAACAUUUUUUUUUCAAAACAUUAACUCUACUAAUAUGAACAUUAAACCAUUAAUUCUUUAACUAAAAGCAGGAACAUGAAGGCCAAAUUUAUAAUUUGAAUCACAAUCAAACAAAGAUUCAUUAAAAUAUCUUAAGAUACAAGAGCGUUACUGUCGAUCCAAUAUAAUGAAAAUGUACGCCUUUCUGGUAAUGUAUAAUCCAGAAUUAUUAUUAGUAUUAUUAUUAUUAUUAUUAUUAUUAUUAUUAUUAUUAUUAUUAUUAUUAUUAUUGUUAUUAUUAUUAUUAUUAUUAAUAUUAUUAUUAUUAUUAUUUCCAUACAAUUCCCAAGUGGAUGAAGACAAAUUCAUUAGUACAGGAUAAACUGUAUAAAAUAAAUGUGUACGUUGAUAAUUUUCUAUAUUUUAUGAUUCUUACAUCCAACGUUUUAAGUCGGGUUACUGUUAGAACCAGCAUAGGAUUAAACGGUAGCAGAGAAUAUACAGUUUUUGUAUAAAAUACUAUACCUGUUAAAGUUAAAUAGCAAAUGAUGAGCUACUUUUCGAUCCCUUUGAGUGGGAAUACUUUGAAUGGGAAUCAUUUUUGACUCCUUCAGCUGGGGCGGCAUUAUCUCAGUUGUUUGUUGAUAUUUGGAACACUAGUUCGAUUUCUAUAAGCCUAAGCUCACCAUUUUGUUUCGGCAAGUUUGUUUGUUCAGUUUACAUGAUAUAUCUUUUUCAAAACUGUUUUAGAUUCUAUAUUUUUACCUGCAACCAGAAUCGUUUCUGCUACCACCCCUGUAAUACCUACUUCUUACCUGAUGACAAGUCCAUCAGAUAUCAAUACAGGAGAACACAAACAAACACCGAUAUUACAGAUGGGAAAUAUUACAAAGUAUCCGAAUUCUAUAGUGCCAGCAAGUGACAGCUCUGACGAUGGGGUUAUUAACAAAACAACUGCCGGAGUUUCGGCGAUGAAUCUACCCAAAGACGUUCACCAGGAGGGUAAAGUGUACUCACUUGUUUUAGCGGAAAUAAUAUGUAUAUCGGUUGGACUGGUGCUACUCAUUGUUUCUAUACUUAUUAUAGCCUGCCUCACCAAGAAAAUUAAAAGACAAAAAGAGAAUUGCUGCACACCAGCCCAGUCCCGGAGGCGUUUGCUGUAUAAUGCCUAUGAGUGUAUUGAUGAGUUGAAAUCACAAAGUAUCGUCAACAAUGCAUAUUCCACGUAUUCGUUAAGUAGUAGCGUAGACAAAGAUGCUGUUUAUCAAGAUAUUCAGGACAUUAAAAGACGAGAUGAUAAGAGAGAUAAAAAACACGAUAGAAGUAGUAUAGCUUGUAUGCUCAAUGGACUAGAAUCUGUCGGGAAAAUUGUCACAGUUGCAAGAAGCAAAACAUGGAGCCAUAGUGAGGAUUUUAAGGAACGUACACUACCAAGAAAAAGUAGUUCUAUGGGAAAUGAAAGAAGACCAGAGAUGUUUGUACGGUAUCCAUUAUCAAACAAAGCGCCACCACGAAUAGAGUUCAGGUGUAAGGUGCCUCGUACACCUCCCCCACCUGUUCCAUGCCUUCCACCACCAGACCACGCUAAGACUUUCCAUGUUCGAGAAUACUGCAGCGCACCGGAAUUACCACGUCCACGUCCUCAUAGUGAUUUUAACGUCCUCAAUGAAGCUGGUUCGAAACGAAACGUUCGCCAUACUGUUUUUUUACAACCGGCUAAUACAUAUGUUCAAAAGACUCAAGGUUUGCCGAUAGUGCGUAUGUCCAAUUUGUCAGACAAUCUGGGCUACAGUGACGCGAUUUAUGCCGAGCCAAAGGACACACUACUUGAGAACGAAGCCAAAACCUCCCUUACGAAAUCAAAGGAUUCGGCGUUUGAUUACGACAGUGAUGCAGAGGACGAGACAAUCUGGGAAGACAAUCCGAUUUACGAGGACUCUGAUUCGUUAUCAGAUACUGAUUAUACAACUUCUACGCUUGACUAUUCCGAAAGCAACGUUAUGUUUCGAAUUGGUUGUUUUGGAGACUAUGAUGACAUGGGAAACGAAUUUAUACGAAAAACGCAUAUAUAUUCUGAAAUACCAGAAAUUAAAUAAAAAAUAUUUAAAAAUUAUAAACUUUACGAACGACUUUAAGAAUAUUCAUGCCGAAGAGCUGAAUACAUUCCCGUUUAAUGAACAUUUCAUGAAAUUAAGAUCAGACCAAAUAUCUGACGAUCUUCAAGACUUUUUAGUGUAAACAUUAGUUGGGAAAAGUACGAUAUGACGAAUGAUAAAUUGUUAUUGUUCUGAUUUGUUAAUAUUUCGAUGGUGAUUAAGGAAUCGUUGAGAAAUUCGAAAACAAUUGGGGAUGUGGAGCAGUAGUUUGGACUAUGUAAUUUAAAGAAAUUGUUGAUUGUGCUCUGAUUGAAAAAAUACGUAUUAUUGAUGGAGGCUUUGCUUUUGAAACAGGCCAAGGUUUUCAGCCAUGAGACAAAUGUAGUUAUACCUUAUGCAUGGUCUGUAUUGUCCGAUUCCCCUGACGAGCCUGAACUCCCCUUAUUUUUGGUGAGACACGUGUGUAUUCCUGACCCCGCAUAUAUUCUUAGUCAGUUGUUAAGUUUGAUUGACACUCCGAAAAGGUUCAUUAGCACAUGCAUACGGUAUAUAAUACCGCUCUUAAAUUAUUUACACGCGGCGCCCUUCAACUGUAGGGAAUUAAAAAUUAAAACACGUUUAAAGUAAUUUGCAAAACUUUGAAAUAUUCCAAUCUGUGUUUGAUCAAAAGCUGGUCACU